CCCACUCGCCCCGCGCCUCCCGGCAGAGUCCCCUCGCGGCGGCAGAUGUGUGUGGGGUCAGCCCACGGCGGGGACUAUGGUGAAAUUCCCGGCGCUCACGCACUACUGGCCCCUGAUCCGGUUCCUGGUGCCCCUGGGCAUCACCAACAUAGCCAUCGACUUCGGGGAGCAGGCCUUGAACCGAGGCAUCGCUGCUGUCAAGGAGGACGCAGUGGAAAUGCUGGCCAGCUACGGGCUGGCGUACUCCCUCAUGAAGUUCUUCACGGGUCCCAUGAGUGACUUCAAAAAUGUGGGGCUGGUGUUUGUGAACAGCAAGCGAGACAGGACCAAAGCCGUCCUGUGCAUGGUGGUGGCCGGCGCCAUUGCUGCCAUCUUUCACACCCUGAUAGCUUAUAGUGACUUAGGCUACUACAUUAUCAAUAAACUGCACCAUGUGGAUGAGUCUGUGGGCAGCAAAACGAGACGGGCCUUCCUGUAUCUCGCUGCCUUCCCUUUUAUGGAUGCAAUGGCGUGGACCCAUGCUGGCAUUCUCCUCAAACACAAAUACAGUUUCCUGGUGGGAUGUGCCUCGAUCUCCGAUGUCAUCGCUCAGGUCGUGUUUGUCGCCAUCUUACUGCACAGUCACCUGGAAUGCAGAGAGCCUCUGCUCAUCCCCAUCCUGUCCUUGUACAUGGGCGCCCUCGUGCGCUGCACCACCCUGUGCCUGGGCUACUACAAGAACAUCCACGACAUCAUCCCCGACCGGAGCGGACCGGAGCUGGGGGGAGAUGCAACCAUAAGAAAGAUGCUGAGCUUCUGGUGGCCUUUGGCACUCAUCUUGGCCACACAGAGGAUCAGUAGGCCGAUCGUCAACCUCUUUGUUUCCCGGGACCUUGGUGGUAGUUCCGCAGCUACUGAGGCAGUGGCAAUUUUGACAGCCACAUACCCUGUGGGUCACAUGCCAUAUGGCUGGUUGACGGAAAUCCGUGCUGUCUACCCGGCUUUUGACAAGAAUAACCCCAGCAAUAAACUGGUGAGCACUAGCAACACCGUGACCGCGGCCCACAUCAAGAAGUUCACGUUUGUCUGCAUGGCCUUAUCACUCACGCUCUGUUUCGUGAUGUUCUGGACGCCCAACGUUUCUGAGAAAAUUCUGAUCGACAUCAUCGGCGUGGACUUCGCCUUUGCAGAGCUCUGCGUCGUUCCCCUGCGCAUCUUCUCCUUUUUCCCAGUUCCAGUCACUGUGAGGGCGCAUCUCACCGGGUGGCUGAUGACUCUGAAGAAGACCUUCGUGCUGGCCCCCAGCUCCGUGCUUCGGAUCAUUGUCCUCAUCACCAGCCUCGUAGUCCUGCCCUACCUGGGGGUACACGGAGCCACUCUGGGUGUGGGCUCCCUCCUGGCAGGAUUCGUGGGAGAAUCCACCAUGGUCGCCAUAGCCGCGUGCUACGUCUAUCGGAAACAGAAAAAGAAGAUGGAGAACGAGACAGCCGCCGAGGGGGAGGACUCGGCCAUGACAGACAUACCACCGGCAGAGGAGGGGACCGACGUGGUGGAAAUGCGAGAGGAGAACGACUAAGGAGCGAGCGGGACGCGGGGACAGCAGGGCAGCCGAGGGGGCAGCGCAGCGACAUCUCCUCUCCCGUCGUGCUUGCUUUCUUCUGCUGGGGCUUUGGAUUUGGGUUUGGGUUUGGGUCAGGGAAGAGGCCUCGCCCUGAAGGUCUGGCGGAGACUCUGCGGCAUACCGGGUGCGCCCGCUCGGCUGCGCGGACCCGAACUGCGGUCUCUGCCAUCACCUGCUGCACACGAACAGAACAAUGAGUUCACGCCCCCGCUUCCCCGGAAAUCCCGAAGGCGCAGCUGCCUCUAGAACAGCCUGUCUCCUCCUCCUCCCUCGGACAAUCUCCACUCGGAACCAAAGGACUGCGGCUGUGCCAGCGGCGCCCUCGGCCACCCCCGCCCAGGGCCGGCCUGGACCCUGUCCCUCCGCAUCUCUCUUCCGAAUCCACACGCUACAGCUCGGCUCCCUCUGGCUGGCUUCCCGGGAACACAGCUGUGCGGAGAGACGCGGCCCCGGAGGCCUUCCACCCCGCACGGCCCGCGGCCACCAAUGGCCCCCGCCCCCAAGCAGAGCGUCCGCGACGGGCGGCGGCCGGCCUGGCCGUUCACGCUGACCGGUGCCUUUGUGAACGCGCUGCGCGGCCGGACAGACGGCCAGGCCUGCCCUCCCGUGGGAAGGGUCGGGCCGCCAGGGGCGUAGCGGACUGAACGAGAGCAUCUCACCGGCAUUUUCCUAGGUUUGAGCGAGCUCCCACCUUUCAGGCCCCGCCGUGUACAUACAUGAGCUAAUUUUUUUUAAGUUGUCAGGACAGCGCAUCUCCAAAUGUCAGCAUCCUCAGGCAUGACUUUCCCCGAAGGCUUGUUUUUCACUCACCUCUCCUGAAGAUGGCGCUAGAGCAAGUGAAACGGAGCGUUCUAACUUCACAUUCUUAGUUUUUAAAAAAGUGAACGGAAGCUUUAAGUCCUAAUCUAGCAUUCUAAUGCCAGGUUGCUGUAUCGUAACUUUCGAAGUAGAUUCAUUACCUGGUUCCGCUGCUCUUAGUCAUAACCACGCGGGACAGGUAAUUUCACGCCACACGAUAAAGCAAGACAUUUUCUAAGCGAUAGCAAAGUCACUAUGUGAUAUUCCCUGAAAUGACACAUUUGAGAUCCAUUUAGUGCAGUAUAUUUUUCUAAGUUUUGGAAAGCGGGUUUUUUCUUUAAAAAAUUAUGGACACAGUUCACUAAAUUCUUGAUUUAGUCAAAAUUCCUAGACGGAAAGAACCUAAACACAAAAAUAUUUUAAAGAUAUAAAUAUAUACUGUAUAUGUUAUGUAAUUUAUUUUAGGCUAUAAUACAUUUCCUAUUUUCGCAUUUUCAAUAAAAUGUCUCUAAUACAAUACGGUGAUUGCUUGUGUGCUCCACAGACCUGCAUUUGAAACGUAUUGUAUCGAUGAACAUUGUAUUUUAUUUACAGCAGUUUCACAGAGUCUGUCAUUUGUAUAUAAAUGUAAGGCUCAAUAAAUGAGGAGAGAACUAUUUUUCAUUAUGGGUGGCAGGGGUAUAAAUAGGUCAGCUGGCAUAGACAACAGUGGGAAUGGAAAUAUACACUGGAAGGGGCAAAAAAGAAAAAAAGGAAGAAACAGGCAAGCCUUUCGUGUUUAUUGUUUUCAGUGCUGUGUAAUCAUAUUGUUCCUCGUUUAAAAAAAAAAAAAGAAUGUAAGGGCAUAAAGUCAGCCAUGAACAUCACAGGGCUGCAUUCACAUUUCCGGACAUCAAGUGACCUUGGGUGUGUCCACCAUGGGGACAGAUUUUCAUGUGCUUCCUCUGAGAGACUUUUCCUCCAUAUAGAUGAGUGCUGGGAAUCAAGAUGGGUAGCUCUCGGCUGGUUUCAGGGGCAGAUCUGAGAAGAUGGGGAAAAAAACGUCUAAUUGUAUCAGCUUUUUAAAAGUACAUGACUAGAAAAUUAAACAGCAGUAUUUUUUAACAUGUGUGACUAUCUCAUGCUUGUGGGGGUAGAGCGUGAAGAUCAAACUGAAAAAGCCAUCUCUUCCCAAGUCAGGGAAAGCUCAGCUAGAGAGCCUUCAUUACACAACUAGAAGGUGUCACUAAACCUCAGAGACACCGUCGGUGAUGACGGGCCAUAAAUAUGUGGCCACUGUCUCAGAGAACAGGGGAAGCUACCCCACACCCAGACCAUGACGACAGACAUCGUGCGGGACGUGUCCAAUACCUUCCACCUUGAAGCACGCCGUCCCUCACACAGUUCCUCCACGUGGGCUAACUUCAUUCAUGGCCUACCACGCACACCUUAGCACACCUUAGCUUCUAAAGCAGGACACGGUGUUGGCACCCUCAGAUGGGAAAGGCGGUCGGAAGGGGGAGGGGGGACACGACACUGCUCCAUCCCACUUUUCAGAGUAAGGAGGGCCACACCUUUGACUUUGCUGGCCAAAAAAAAAACAAAAUUUCCCCAACACAGGUUUCUUUUUUCUUGCCAGUCGCUUAGCGGACAGGUAUCAUUAGAAGGGCGUGGUGCCUGGGAAAGUCACAGGUCAAGGACUGUGAAAAGACCAAGCGUGACUUUCUCCAUGUUGGGUGAUCCUUGUAGACAAAUAUAACCUGAAACGACUGGGGCACAAAGCUGUUUUCAAAUGCUGAGAAGUGAAUUGGGGCAGUUCAAAGCAGUCUUUCUAUACCGAAGGUUUUCCCAGGACAGAGGCCUCCUUGCUUUUAUUGAGGGUCUAAGCCAGGUCAUUCUACGCAUGAAGGCGUCGUGUGCUCUCUUCCACUCAGAGCUUGCCAGCACAGGGCAUCAGAUGCCCGAGAAGUGAGCGGGAAGAACCAGGCGAGACUCGCUGCAGGGAAGUCAUGAUAGGGCUGCACCUGUUGGCCUGAGGCUCAGGGGCCUGUUGAGAGGUUUGCCUACUGGCCAGAACCUCUCGCCUGACUGGAUUCUUUCAUCUGGGCAUGGGGGGCCAUUGGUUUACAAAACGGGGUGGAAGCCAGGCAUGGCCCCUUGCUGCCUGUGUUGGGUCCGCCUUCUCCCAAAGGUCUUCUUGUUCUGCGUUUGUUUCAUGGGCUCGGCCUGAGCAUGUGGCUUGGCUUUGGAGAUGUCCAUGAAGGGCUGAUACCCUCAGAAAGAAUAGCUUUCAGUGUUUAGGAUAUAUCAGGUGGGGCGGAGGAAAGCUUUGGUAUGGUAGCAAAUACACUUUUUCAUUCUUUGCGUCCUACCAAUAAAUAACUUCGGGAGGUGCAGAGGGCAGGGCCCACGAGGAGGCAAGCCAGGGAGGGGCUCCACCAGAGUCAAGCUCCAUCCAGUUGAAAGUUCUCUAAACCCCAAGGCACUUCCCAGCCAGGGUCCAGCUCUACAGUCCUCACGGGCAGCCUUUUCUGGACCUCUCUCGGGUUGGGAUAGUCAUUACAUUUCCCAAGUGUGACCAAAGUUCUUCAAAGAUAGCUUCAAGUAACAAGUGAAAAAAACUCAACAGCUCCCUACCAUAAUUGCUCCCCAUUUGGGCUUUUUUCUUAUGGGAGGAAAGGGGGGAAGAAGAGAGUAACUUUUUUUUUUUUUAUACUCUUAGUGUCUAGAAACAAAACGGUUUGAAGACUUAGUAGUUCUCUUGACCAGUCUCUUUCCUUAAUGCAGACUGAAGUGGGAGAGCCCAAGAGGCUGUGUUGCGAGAGAAAAAGUAUUCACAGUCUUGUUAUUCAAUGACAUGACCUUGAAAAAUAUGUUCUUGUAUUUAAAAAUCUUUCUACUUCCAUGAAUCUCUAAGCACAACCAUGCCCAGGACAGCAUGGGCUGUUGUGUUCUAAGGAGCUGUGACUUCUGGCCUCUUAUUUUGCAGGUGAGCUGACCCCUAAAAAUAGGAAUGAAGUUUCCAAACAAAGCGAGGCACAGCCCAGCAAAGGGGGCUUUUUGUGUUCGAAGUCUGGCCCCUCUUGUCGGCGGGAGGGGCUUCGGCAGACACGGCCCCUUGUAGCCUGGAGACCUCUGCGGUCCACGUGCGGCCAGUUCUGUGAUACCCGUGGCUCCCCGCGGCCACCCUCCCGCGGCUCUUUCUAAAAAGCAUGUGAACCGUAGAAAAGCAUGUUUUUGAGCAACGUGUUUGGUAAACAUUUGAGAGGCUUCUCCGUGUGGUUAUUCUGAGUCUCUAUUUCUGUCAUUUGAAGGAGCAAAACAUCACAUGAUCCAUCAGCUGAUCAAACCACACAUAAAACAGGACGUAGAAGAAAUCCAGAGACAAAUGUACCAAAAGGCCCUGUCGCCUGCCCUUGAAAAGACCUUUUAAGGUCUCAAAUUUACUGGACUAAUGUUCAAAGUGAGAUCUUAUUAUGUAAUCCAAAUAACCCCAACUCCACUCAGAGGUCAGAAAAGGGGUGUGUGUGUCUUACUGUCUGAUCUCGGAAGGGGGAAACAGUGGAGAGGGGACAUUCUGAGUUGACUUUCCUCCCACGAGGGGAGGCUGGAGCUGUCAGCAGCUGGGCGAAGCAGACCACAGGGAGGCGGGCCGCUCGGUCACCGCAUCAUUUUUAAGUCAUUCUUGCCAAGUCCCGGUGAUGCCCAAAUGUUUUUCCCUCUGCUUCAUGUACGAUCAGCCAGGGUCCCUCAAAGCCUGCGUCAGGUCAGGCACCUGCACAGACAGCGUGGGGGAUGUGUUCACGGGGGACCUCGAAGCUGGGUUACAAAACUUCAGUCCCCUCCGCUAACAAGUCUCACCACAGGCCCUGUGUGUCCGCAGAAUCGCACAAGAGCCCGAAGUAGAAGUGGUGUCCUUAGGUUAAAGGACACUGGGGACAGACCAGCCCGUCUGGCUUCGUGGAAAUCCCUCGGCGCAGGGAGACUGGUUGGCCCCGGAGGAUUUAGAGGCAGAUGUUCUCCAGCCGUGCACAGGGGGCGAGAAAGGGCUGCCUUUGGCGUUGGGAAACAUCACGGCCAGGCCGACUCUGGUUCUCUGAGCACAGGGAACCCGUGGUUUGGAUGAACCGGCUACCAAGGGGUAGUUCAGACCAGCCUGGUGGAACGAAGGAGGUAUGAGGUGUCCACCCGCGUGAGUCCCCCAGUCCCCGCAGCGUGGACCAGCCGUCACAAAGCAGGUGAGUUGUCACCACACACCCCCACCGCGAGCCGCCCCCACCAGGCUCAGGGCAGCAAACACACAGCUCCCUGGGGCCGGGCUGUAGUCAGUUUGCUGGAUGAUGUUCCGAGAGCACAAACACCCAGAGCCGGGAUGACCAAGGAGCUCGUUACAGCCCUUCCCGAAUCUGGACAGAGCUCCCCCAUGAAAUGAUUCUGUGCGACGCGGACCAGCCGGUGCUCACCCAUCUAAGGAGAGCUUAAAUGGCUGUAGAUCUAGAGCCUGACCCUCAGAGCUCUCACACUGUGCCCGCGGCACACUGUCACCUGCGCACCGAGAGGCUGACGCCAUUAGCCCUAAGGCUCCUUCCAGGGCCAUUGCGCUGUGUACGAUCUAGGAUUUGGAGCACACGACAGGAUGAAAGAUAAAAUUACCUCCUUCUUCAUCUCAGAUCUGAACAUUAGCAGUGAGGCAGAAUGGUUUUUCUUUUUUUAACAAAAUGAAGUCUGCGGGAAGUCAUUCGACACGUGCUGUGGCUGUCCACUGACCAGUCCACUGUGGUUUCACAUCAAAACUGGGGGUUCGUGGAAACCAGUCAUGUUAAAACAUUUGCACAGCCUUGGGUCAGAAGUGACUGCAGAGGUCAGUAUAAAAUACAUACAGAACUUGAGCAAGUGCUGCGUGUGUAUUUAAUAGAUGGAACUUUCUGCGUGGUUAAACCAAUUUCUAGAUGCUUUCCUUCUUUGGUUACUGGGGGGUGGAGCUCACACUCAUGAGAUGUCAAACGGUUUUCACACUCUAAUUUUACUCUAAGCUUAGAUCUGGCAUCCGGCUAAGACUGCUCUUAGUUUCUUGAUUUUCUAAACUCUGUCAGUCUAUUUAUACAUCCCAAUUACAUGGUUUCCUAAUUCUAACUGCAUUUUCCUUUUCUGUCAAACAUACAGGAGGCAUUAAAAUUUUGCCUUUGCCUUGGUAGCUAAACCCUCUAGCUGCUGGGUUAUUUCUCGAAACUCCCUUAUUUAAAUGUGACCUAUUGCUUCAAAUUACAGUCUAUGUGAAAAUGAAUUCUGACUUCCCGGCAUUGCGGUAAUACUGAAAGCACUUCUGUGAGGCUCAGCUUCUCCCCACCGCUUCUUGAAUGGGGAUACCCAGCUUAGACAGGCAUCAGGGAAGUAAGAAGGCCAGAACCUGAAACCCCCUCCUGCCCACAUCUAAGAGAUUCUUGUUCUUAUCGAUCAUUGUGUGAAAAGCAUGACUCUUCUUUAAAAUGUGGUGUCUUCACCUCAAAGAGUGACGGCGCUCAUCCUUUGAACCUCCCAUGAGAGAUUACAGAGAGAAAGGGUUCUAUCACACACCUGUAAUUAAGAGGGUUGGGAGACUCCCACUGCCCAGCCUGAGGCAGCUUCUGCUUUAUUCCAUGUCUUUGGGUUAAAAUCCCAGGUCUCUUGCCUCGACCAUGCUUCUCUGUUACCGCCUCUAACACUGCCAUGUUUUUUAGUCAAAGAGGUCAAUACCUUUCUUGCCAUUCAUGGCACUUAGGCUGCGGCCUGUCUUCUUGCCUGGCUCAAAAUGAAUCACAUUAUCAUCCACCCAGAAACCUAUUCCAUGACACCAUCCUGCACCAGCAGCGUCCCACUAACCCCCAGCAGCUCUCCCUCCUGUCACUCUCUCACUUCUGUCCCUCCUCUGCAUCCUCUUUAGUGCCACUGGCUUAGCUCAGGGACUCCUGGUCCAGAUGCUACAGGAGCCUUCUCCAAGCUCAUCUGUCCCCCUGGACUAUGAUGUAAAUGACACCUCCCAGAGUUUUUGCAGUGCACAACCUGCACAACCAUUCCCAGCAGCUUGCCCACCUCUCCUCACCU